ACCCCCAUCCCACUUUCCUCUCUCCUUUUAAUCAUACACCAUCUCCAAAAACCCUCUCAUCCUCAAACUUCAGCGGACAAAAAAAAAUCUCCGACCCAAUUGACGAUUAUAGUUGUACCGACUUGUUCUUCGUCUGCGAGCUCCCAAACCCAUUUAUGUCAAGCAAUGCCAAUGGUUGUGUAGAAGAUGUUCAUUGUUGUCCAGGUACUUGUGGUCCAUUGCAAUUGAAGGAGACCAAAUCAGGUGCUAACAAGGGGAGGUUGUAUUUGAAGUGUGGAUGUUGUGAUUUUUUCAUUUGGUAUGAUAAGGUGUGUCAAGCAACACAUGGAUCCAACCGGAGAGAUGCUGGCCAUACUCUGUUGAGUAGCAAAAUAGUGGAAAUUUGGAAAAUGGUGUUUCACCGAUUGUAAAAGAGGAUGUUGAUGCUGAUUUUAAUUAUCAUCUCAAGGGUGUCAAAUAUUUAGUACUUGUCAUUGUUGUCCUAUUGCUUGUUAUCAUUGCAAAAUUGUAAUUGUACAAUUCAGUCGUGAUCCAGUUAGUCGACUAUUUGUGUAAUUUGUUCGGAUAUCCAGUUUAAAUUUAAAGGACGCAUGUUUGUU